UCUGCUUCCUGUAUCACAAACACGGAAAAGGAGUUGCGGGAAGAAGUUGUUGAACUUUGUCAACGCAAUGAUAGUAAAUCUUCGUUAUUUUUUGCUUUCUGUUCUAAUCUAACCAACAUUUCGCCAGUUGAUUUCGCCUAACCCACGGAGGCGGGUGGAUACGUGUCUGUCUGCCUUUAUUUGUCGAUUUUCGCUGUUUUUGAAAGCGAAAGCAAAUUGAAGCGGGCCUGUGAAGCCAUGUCUGACAACAUGGAAGAGGAUGAGCCUUUACCUCUCCAGCAGGAGCUGACCUGCCCUGUAUGCCAGGGCAUAUUCCGGGACCCGAUGCUGCUGCCCUGCACCCACAGCUUCUGUCGGCAGUGUCUGGAGGAAAAUUUUAAGUACAGCAAAAAGUGUCCCGUCUGCAGGGAGGAGUGUGAGAAAGACAAGGCCAUCGCCAAUCGUGCGCUCAAUAGCACCUGCGAGUCCUUCCUUAAACAGACGAACAAACGACCGAAAACCAUUCAGCCCAGUGACGCAGUCUGCAACCUGCACCUGAAACCCCUGGAGCUGUACUGCGAGAAGGACGAGGAGCCGGUGUGCGUGGACUGCGUCACUCUGCACAGCACCCACAGGCUGUACACACUGAGCGAUGGGGCGCCCAUGUGCAAGAAGGAGCUGAGCGAGAGAGUCCACAUUUUUGAAAAGAAAGUGGACUCGUACAAGAAAACAUCUCGCAAUCUCAAAAACGCAGUGACCUAUAUCAAGUAUCAGGCUGAAGAAGCAGAAAAGCAGAUCAAAGCAGAGUUUCAGAGGCUUCACGAUGUGCUCACCGCAGAAGAAGCGAUGCGUCUUAAAGCUCUGUCUGAUGAGGAGGGGGAGAAGAUCGCUGGCAUACAGAAACAGAUUGAAAGCACAGAAAAGGAUGUUGUCGCUAUGAAGGAGCUCAUUGAUACAAUUAAGAAGGAGAUGGGCAAUGAGGAUCUACCACUCCUCCGGAAUUUCCAGAAUUUAAAAAGACAAGCUCACUGGUCUCGUUCAGAGCCUCGCAUUCCCUACGGAUCCCUUUUGAACGUGGCCAAACACGUUGGUGGUCUGGGCUUCAACGUAUGGAAGAAAAUGCAGUCUCAUGUGAAAUAUUAUCCAGUGCUGUUGAACCCGAACACAGCCUCGCCUUGGCUGUCUUUGAGUUCAGACCUGGUCAGUGUGAAGGAAAGCUCAGAGCGGCUGACCAUCCCCGAUAACCCACAGCGCUUUGAUCCCUGCGUCUUUGUCCUAGGUGCUGAAGCUUACACCUCCGGGAAACACAAAUGGGAUGUCUUUGUAGGUGACAACCCCAAGUGGAUAGUGGGAGUGUGCAGAGAGUCAUUGCAGCGUAAAAAGAAGUUUACAGUUGCAACAAACCGCGGUGUGUGGGCCUUAGGACUGAGCAAAGGGGUGUAUAAUGUAAUGACGACUAAGCGUGAAGAGCUGCAGCUUCAGCAGCGACCUGAAAAGAUUCGAGUCAAGCUUAAUAUAGAAAAGGGAGAGGUGUCAUUUUGGGAUGGAGGGUUAGGGAAGCACCUGGUCACACUUACACACAAGUUUGAAGGUGCAAUAUUUCCUAUUUUUGGUCCCGGCCUCCAUAGCUCGCCCAUGGCUCUGGUUCCAGGAAAAAUAGCUAUACACAUGUCAACAACCCAAGAUAAGGUUGACGUGAAGAUGCAAAAUUGAAAAUCAAUGAUGAAAAACUUUUAAAAGCAAGAGAAACUCGACAAGCCUUUAUCAGUCGAUCAGGGGCAACGAGAACAUCAAAUAAAAGUUUAAAAGAUUAAAUCUGCCAGUAGAUGAAACAUCAGUUUAAGUAUAAAGAUGAAAAUAAUGACACUGACAUAAUGUUCGAAGCGUGUGAUAAAACACAAUGUCAGAAACACAAUUUAGAGUGAAAUGCCUAAACUUUAAAACAUGCAAACCAGCCUGCAAAAGACAGUCAAGAUGAAACGUGUUGACGGCGUGCAGAAGACAGAAACCAAGAAGUGAUCAAAGGAUGACACUUUGUGCCGUAGUGCCUUUGCUGAGAGAAACCGAAUCCACUGAUCUUUUGGCACCUUGCUAGUGACCGACCAAAGGAGGAAAAAGUAAACUGAAUUUGGGAUGUCACGCUAUGUUGUAUCGAAGAUGAUCGCCAUGAUCGAAAGGUUCUUGCUGUGUUAAUAUUACUGAUAUGAUAGUCUCAUAAAUAAUUAACAGUGACUGUGACAUAUGACACCACCAACAUAGGUGGUGAUAUUACAGCUUAAUGCGGGCUGCCGUUCAGGCUGUGAUUUACAACCACAGUAAGGAUGUGGUUAUUUAUAUCAGAGCGAUGAAAUAUCAGCCUGUGGUCCACACACAGACACUCACGCUUUCUGUCUCGUCUCUACUCAUAGGUGUAUUUUGUUAUUUCUUUCUUUUUUCUUUGUUUUCACCUUGCAUUGCAAUGAUGGAAGAUUUCAGGCCGUAUUGAUUUGUUUAUGAGUUCAUGGAGUUGCCUUUACUUCACUGCCUUCACUGUUUGUUUUGCACAACAGUUGUCUGGCCCUCUGCACCUCCCUACCCUCGUGUUUUGAGCGUAGUUAAUGUGGCCAAACAGAAACAAAACACAUGACAAAAACAAAGGAUUGGACUGAGAGCUUUAUUUUUUUUUAACCCUUCAAUGAAAUAAAGGCGAUGAUGGUGAUUAAGUUUGAAACUUCACUGUUAUAAAGUCACUUGCUUCUGGGUUUUAGGGGAUGAUAUUGUAGUUGUUGUUAGCCUUUGAUUCAUUUGAUUUCUGUGAGUAAUAGGAAUAUUUCUUGAAAUAUACACUUAAAUGCGCUUCAAAUGUUUUUGGUAAUGCUGAUGUUUUGGAUUAAAAUGCAAAAUGAAACUGCUGAUUGUUGGGAUUGUUGGGAUAGUUAGACUGCUAUGCUGGCUAUCAUUCACUAUACUAAAUUCAUGCUUAGCAACACUUUGUGAUAUAAAAUAUGCUACUACAGUGU